GCAAGGAUAUCCGAAUAUGCUAUUGCUAACCCUCUCUGAUGCUCUAAUGGAUCCAUCACUACCCUUAUCCUUUGGAAUUUUCUUUUAACUCACUUUUAUCUAUAAGUAUCAGCCUGUGCCUAAGAGAGAAUAAAUUUGGAGAAUUUGAUAUUCGUUGUGUUUGAUCUCAAUGUCCCCUCAUUGUUCAUGUUUUGAUAGAAUUACAAUAUACAAAUAUGUUCCUUUACAGUUUUCCUUAGACCCUUUCUUCUCUUGUCUAUGUUUUUUGUUUUAAUGCAACAAACCCUUAUUUUAUAAUUGUGUCAAGCCCUUAUAACCUCCGAAGUUAAUAGGCAUUUGACUUUUGCUAGUAGUAGCUUCUGAUUUUCAUCAUAGUUAUAUAAAUAAUUUAAAAUAUUUACUAGGCAAAUUCUAAAACAAUGCUAAUACAUAUAUGCUAUGCAAUUAGUAUUGUUUGAAGAGGUCUAGGCAACCACAUAAAGUUUCAACCCAUUUUUUUGUAUAUAAUAAUAACUUGUUGGAAAGUUGAAGAACAAUUGUUUGAACCAAUGAUGAGAACUGAAGCUCAGAGGGUAGUGGUGAUCCAGGAUGCAUCAAGAAAUGUUGGUUCAAAGGCAAUCCUUGGGGCCCUGGAAAAAUUUUCUCUUAAAGCUGGAGAUCAGCUUAUAAUUGUUGCUAUCCUUGAUUGGAUUAGCAGUCCCAGUAUGUUUUCUUUCCUUCCAAGAAAAAGUUUGGGUUACAUGGUCAGAGUUGAUUCCAAUUACAGUUCAUUUAUCUCAACAAACAAGAAAAUAAUUCUGAAAAGGCGUACCAAAAAAAAGGAAGAAUAUCUCAUGAAUGAGAAAGUCAAGGAGAUCUCUGACUACUGUAAAUUGAAUGAGAUUGCAUUCCAAAUAGAAGUGCUUGUAGGCCCUUUUGCAGAGGUUGCUUCUAAUGCUGCCAAGGAAUUUCAGGCGACAAGUUUGAUACUAGUUAGACAGAUUCACAAAGAUAUGAAGCAAUUCAUGCGUAAUCUUCCUUGUGGUAUGUAUAGGAUAACAAGUGACAAUUCAAUUGAGAGGUUGAAAGAUCCAAAAUCAAUAGACAGUAUGAAAAAACAUGCUAACAGGCAAGAAAAUGUAAGCUAUAAUGAAAUGCUUCCGGGAAGUGAAGAGGAAGAACGUUCUCAACAGAUGUCCAUGUCUUCAUCAAGUGAUUUGUUGGUUUCAAGUCAGUGGAGUACAGAAGUCUCCACUUCUAGUCUUGGAAGCUCACAGUAUAGCUAUCAAAAAUACAAAGAGGCAAAUUUUUAUUCAAAUAUACAACAAGAAACAAGGAACCAAUCACUAUUUCACAUUUCAGAGAAUGAAGCAACACAAAUAGAAGUAAAUCAACAAGAGAAGCACAUUACAAAUAAUGAAAAAUCUCAUGUGGAGGAAGAAUUUACAAAUCCAGUUUGUUCUGUGUGCCAUAAUAGACGACCAAGAGUUGGAUGGAAGAGAGAUUUCAAUUAUGCAGAGCUCUAUACAGCUACAAAUGGAUUUUCUCCCAAGAACUUUUUGUCUGAAGGUGGAUUUGGAUCUGUCUACAAAGGUUUGUUGAAUGGAAUGAAGAUUGCUGUUAAGCAACAUAAUAGUGCUGGCUUCCAAGGAGAGAAGGAAUUCAAGGCUGAAGUGAAUGUACUUAGUAAAGCUAGACAUGAGAAUGUGGUUGUGCUGCUAGGUUCAUGCUCGGAGGGAAAUAAUAGGCUUCUUGUGUAUGAAUAUGUAUGCAAUGGCUCACUUGACCAACACCUUUCAGAACACUCUCGAACACCUCUUAGUUGGGAAGAUAGGAUCAAUAUAGCUAUUGGAGCUGCCAAAGGCUUGCUGUACUUGCACAUGAACAAUAUACUACACAGAGAUGUGAGACCAAACAACAUCCUUAUAACACAUGAUCGUCAACCAUUGCUUGGAGACUUUGGGUUAGCAAGAAAUCAAAAUCAAGACUCAAUACACUCUACAGAAGUUAUUGGAACUUUGGGGUAUUUGGCACCAGAAUAUGCUGAACAUGGCAAAGUAUCUACCAAAACAGAUGUAUAUUCUUUUGGGGUGGUUCUACUACAACUAAUUACAGGGAUGAGAACUACAGAUAAACGACUUGGAGGAAGAAGUCUUGUGGGAUGGGCAAGGCCGCUUUUAAAAGUGAGGAACUAUCCAGAUUUAAUUGAUGAAAAGAUCAACUCUCAUAAUAUCCAUCAACUAUUUUGGAUGGUUCGAAUGGCAGAGAAAUGUCUAAGUAGGAAUCCUCAAAUGAGACUAAAUAUGAUUCAGAUUGUUGAUGCUUUGACUGACAUAGUGGAAGGCAGAACAUGUGACACUACAUUAAGGGAUUACUCCCCUGCAAGGUCAGAUUCAACCUAUAGUAGUGCAUCAGACUCUAAUGAAUCUGAUGAUGAAAUGCAAGAAUCCUUCAAGUUCGAAAAUGAGUUACUAAAUCACGGUCCAGAAUCCAUAGAAAGUAAUAGCAUAGGUCAGAUGAUGCAUAUGAUUGUCAGACAACCACCAUCUCCUCCAAUUCAAAGGAUCUCUUCAAGCAGCUCAAGCUUAUUUAAGUUUCAUGAUGAGUCAAUGAGUGAUGGUGAAGCACCAAAUGAAGGGGAAAUAGAAAUAUCAAAAUCCAAUGAGAUGUUACUCAAUUAAUAGAUGUUAAGUUGGUAGGUAUAUAAUUGGAAUAAAGGAAAAUAGUUCAGUUUAGUUCCUUUAAAUGAAUAAAGUUUCCACUUGUUAAAGUGGUUAUUUUGUAAUGAAAUAUGGUCGAGCAUCACUCCAAUCAGCUCAAGCUCAUUUAAAUUGCAUGAGUCAAAUAGUGAUGGUGAAGCAUAGAAUGAAAGGGAAAUAGAAAUAUCAAAAUCCAAUGGGGGCUACUCAAUUCUUAGAUGCUAGGCUAGUAUAUGAUUCAAAUAAAAGGGAAUAGUUCAGCGUAGUUCUUUUAAAGGAAUAAAGUUUUUGCUUGUUAGUGUUUAUUUUGUAAUAUAAUACGGUUAUCCAA